UGCUUCCUUUCGCUUGCCUUUCGCUCGCCUUCGCGUCGUCUUCCUCAGGGACCAUCAGCUAAGUGUUUCUCGAUUUUCUCGUUUUCAGCUUUAGAUUUCUCCGUUAAGGUUUCGAUUUCGCUCUCGCUCCAUCGCUCGAUCGUUUCGUAGCUCCAAUAGGUUUUGGGAUCGCGUUCGCUCGAUUGAUCUCUGGGUCGAUCUGGAUCCGGGUCUUGCGUGGAUAAUCGUCGCCCAUUGGUUAGAGCUGUUCUUUCUUCGACUCGAAUUUGGAGGGAUUCGUAGGCUUGCGCCAAUGUCCCUAGGGUUCUUCUCGUGGAAAAUCCACUUAAAGCGUUCUUUUUUAUGAGCUACUCGAUCCUGAUGCGUCGUGUGCGCAUUCUCCAUUCCUUCUCCGUCGUGUUCCUGUACUGGUUCUACGUCUUUUCAUGAACUCGCGUUCUCGCCCGUGAUUCCUGCCUAGUUAGAAAAUACCCUGUAACCUUGUAAAUUAGAUACUAGUUGUGAAGUCAGUCUUUUUCAACGCUUUCGAAGUAAUUGAAUUCGAGGAGAGAAGGUGGGAACGAUGGCUUCUUCACACUGCCUAACAAGCUCGGGGUCGGAAUGCAACCAGCGGCCUGGGGCUGUUGAUGAAAGGAAAAGGAAGAGGAUGGAGUCGAACCGCGAAUCCGCCAGGCGGUCGCGGAUGAGGAAGCAGAAGCAAGUGGAGGAUUUGUUGGGACAAGUGAGUCAGCUGCAAAAUGCCAACAGUCAAAUAGCACUGGGCAUCAAUGCCACCACUCAGAAGUACGUGGAGAUCGAGUCCGCCAAUAAUGUACUGCGGGCGCAGUGGAUGGAAUUGACCGAUAGGCUGUGGUCCUUGAAUUCGGUGCUUCAGGUCGUGGAGGCAGUUAGUGGGCUCGCAGUUGACAUACCCGAGAUUCCAGAUCCCCUGAUGAAGCCUUGGCAGCUGCCGUGCUCGAUACAGCCAAUCACAACAUCUGCUGACAUGUUGCAGUUGUGAUUAUCAAGUUUGGAAGUGCAAAAGUUGGGGUUGAUUCUUUUCAAGUCUUCUGGGGGAUAUAUGGUAGAUACAUAAGCCAUUUGCUGCAUUUGCUUUUCUUGUCAAUUUCGGUGUCUCUUUCUAUAAGUAGGAACCUGAAUAUCCGAAUGCAUCUGUCUAGAUGGAGUGGCGCUUUGUGUCUUCUUGACGUUGUACUUGGCUGUUUUUGGUAUUUAUGAGUUGUUCCUGUUCUUGAUGGUUAUCAACAAGGUUUUGUUUAUCUCUC